AUGCUCUUGUUUACGUUGAUUACCUAUUGUCGUUCGCGGUGAAUGUCAGUUCUUUCUGUGUUUUUAAUAAUUUUCGGUCCUGCCAAUACUCUCUUUUGAUCAUUAGAUUCUGUGAGAAUAUUGCUUGGUGACUUUUCAAGAGUUGGCCCUAGAUGGUGAAUAUUGAUUCCACUGGAACGACUGGAACCCUGCUUCGACUCAAACUUGAACUGAAACUUGUGCGGGUGAGGCGCGGCCCAAUCCUAUUAUUUAUUGAAUUGUAAUGUAAGUUGAAGUGAAAUGAGCUGCCCAGGAAGUGCAAGAACGAUGUUGUUGGCUGAAUCAGUCAUUAUUUUGAAGAGAAAAUGACCUGAUGGAAAGUGAAGGAUUGAAUACACUUGGAUCAAGCUUAUACAGAAUGUCAACAAGACCUCAUAUGCCAUUUGUUUCCAAUUCUCAUGCCAUCAGGCAAGAGAUACAAAGAUUUGAAAGUGUUCAUCCAUCUAUAUAUGCUAUAUAUGAUUUGAUUGAACAUGUGCAAGAUCCAGCAUUGGCUCAGCAGAUCCGAGAGCAUGUUGUGUGCAUUGAAGACUCGUUCGUCAACAGCCAGGAGUGGACCCUGAGCCGGGCGGUGCCCGACCUGCGGCUGGGCAUCGUGGGCAGUCUCAGCUCGGGCAAGUCGGCGCUGGUGCACCGCUACCUGACUGGCUCCUACAUGCAGGAGGAGUCGCCCGAGGGCGGCCGCUUCAAAAAGGAGAUGGUGCUCGACGGCCAGAGCUACCUGCUGCUGAUCCGGGACGAGGGCGGCCCGCCGGAGCUGCAGUUUUCCACAUGGGUGGACGCCGUUAUAUUCGUCUUCAGUCUGGAGAACGAGAGCAGCUUCAAUGCCAUCUACCACUACUACAGCAAAAUGAACUUCUUCCGAAACACUGCUGAAAUACCAAUUAUUCUUGUCGGUACACAAGACGCCAUCAGCGAGACGAACCCUCGCAUCAUCGACGACAGCAGUGCAAGGAAGCUGGCCGGCAGUCUCAAACACUGCUCCUACUUCGAGACGUGCGCCACAUACGGUCUGAACGUCGAGACCGUCUUCCAAGUCGCGUGUCAGAAGGUGAUCCAGCAGCGGUCGCUGACGGGCCGGCCGGCCGGCUCGCGGCCCACCACACCCAGCCACAUGGGUCGCUACCAGUCGGCGGCCGCCUUCCUGCCCAGCAACGGCCACUCGCCGCCGCCGCCGCCGCCGGCGCCCGCCUCCAGCCGCGACAGCCCGCCGCAGCUGCGCCACUCGCAGACGCCCGUCAAGGAGCUGUCGCUGCGCCAGGCACACUCGAUGCCGCCGCCGCCGCAUGAGCUGCACAUGCCUCCCCCGCCGGCGCCGGCGCCCGGUGCCGUCACCCGCUCUGACUCGCUGCGUGGAGAUGACGGGAAGCGGCUGCUGGCGUCGGGCGAGUCGCAGCCGCACCUGCCCACUCCGAGCUCCACGCCCACUACCGGCCGGAAGAACCGGCGCCGCUCCAACCUGUUCGCCCCGUCUCGGAAGGCCGGUGACGAGGAGCGGCGACUGAAGACCGCCGAGCUGGGCAGUGGCCGCGCCAUCCCCAUCAAACAGGGCUACCUGUACAAACGCAGUCAGAAGGCGCUCAACAAGGACUGGAAGAAGAAGUACGUCACCAUCAGCGACGACGGCAAGCUCACCUACCACGCCUCCCUCCACGAGUACAUGGAGGACGCGCACGGGAAGGAGAUCUGCCUGCAGUACACCACGGUGAAGGUGCCCGGACAGCGGCCCCGCGGCUCAAAGUCCAUACCGAACGCCAACAACAACACUCUGGCGGACAACAUCAGCAACCUCACGCUCAACUCGAGCGGCAGUCUGCCGGGGCACACGCGCGCCAAGGACAAGGUGACGCUGACGGCGUAUGAGGCGCUGCGCGACCCGGCGGCGCCCGUCGGCCGCGACGAGGCGCUGCUCUCCAACUGCUCGCUCUCGCUGGCGAACGGCGCCGCGCUCACGGCCGACACGCCCAACGUCAAAAAGCGCCACCGGCGCGUCAAGAGCAGCGGCGUGCGCAGCGCCGCCGACGACGUCGACUCGGACGGCUACGAGUUCUCGGUGGUGUCGCUCGACAACAAGGUGUGGCACUUCGAGGCCGGCAGCCAGGACGAGCGAGACGAGUGGGUGGCCGUGAUCGAGCAGCAGAUCCUCACCUCGCUGCAGGGGAACGAGAGCAGCAAGUCCAAGUCGAGGAUGAACAGCCUUGUGGACCCUGCCUCAAUACAGACCAUCAAAAACUCGGUGCCGGGAAACACGACCUGUGUGGACUGCGCCGCGCCCAACCCGGACUGGGCCAGUCUGAACCUGGGCGCGCUCAUGUGUAUAGAGUGCUCGGGCAUCCACCGUAACCUGGGCUCUCACGUGAGUCGGGUGCGCUCGCUCGACCUGGACGAGUGGCCGCCCGGUCACUUAGCUGUGAUGCUGGCGCUGGGAAACACGGCCGCCAACGCCGUCUGGGAGGGCCGCGUGCCGGCAGGCCGCGUCCGUCCGGGCGCCGGCGCCGGUCGCGAGGAGAAGGAGCGCUGGAUCCGCGCCAAGUACGAGCGGCGCGAGCUGCUGGCGCCGGCGCCGGCGCCGGCCGAGCUCAGCCAGCUGCUGGUGGACGCCGUGUGCCGGUCGGACGUGCGCGACACCGCCCAGCUGCUGGUCCACUGCGCGCCCGAGCACGUGAACGCGGCCGUGUCGGCGCAGGACGCGCGCACGCCGCUCCACCUGGCGGCGGCGCUCUGCAACCUGGCCAUAGUACAACUGCUCCUCUGGCACGGCGCUGACGUGCACCGUCUGGACACGGAGGGGCGCACGUGCCUGGCGUUCGCCCGGAGCGCCGGGCCGGCCGGCGCGCCGGUGGCCGACCUGCUGCGCUCGGCCGGCUGUCCGGAGCCGGCGGCACCGGGCGCCGGCGCCGGCGCCGCGGCCGCGCUCAGCCGCCGCCGGGGCAGCCUGACGCCGCGCGAGGCGGCCGGAGGCCUCCUGUAGCGGCCCGGGACCCACCUGCGGACACUGCGCACCGCGCGCCGCCGCGCUGUGACUGUUGGAGCGCCGCCGGCCACCGAGUGCCGCGCGGCCAGCGCCGGCCGGGCGCGGACUGCCGACGGUGCAUGCUCUGCUUGGGAAGCUGUCGCGUGUGUGGUAGCCGCCGCCUGAGGCGGAGCUGGUCCUGUCUGUGUGAGCUGAGCGUCGGUCCGACUCAGUCGGGCCGACACUGUAGUGUGGUUACCAUCCGGUAGGGGUCGUAUUGGCUGCCUGUUUCGUAUGACGGUGACGUCGGACGCAUAGAUAUCAUCACACCAGUCAUCAUCAAUUCCAAAUAACAUCAUUCUCACCGCUAACUCAACUGUUGUAUUUAUUGCUGACACGCCAAAUAAAGGGCUUUACAAC